UCCGGAAGCGCAGUCCCAUCUUUACGUGCUGUUUGAAAAGUGACAUGCGCUCGUUUCACCUACAGCGUUUCUGUCCCCCGGCAUGGAGACUCGCAAAUACGUCUACAUGUUGUUGGUGGUCUGCCUUACUUUAACAUAUUUUAUCUGCGUUAAAAUGCGGCGUUUGAUGCCUGUAGAUGACCAUGCUCCGUCCCUCAGGACAUAUUUUGAAGGUGGAGGCAGCUGGAAGGCAGUGGAUUCCUCUAAAAGAGAGAAACAGUUACAUAGUUGGAAACCUAUGCCUUCCUGCUCCUUCAGACGGAUUGUAAAGAAGGAUAGAAACCUGAGGAAGCGUUUCAACUUCUCUGUGCCUCUACUGCAGUGGGCAGGGAGUUUUAACCAGUCUGAAUGGCAGAGGCUUCAGCAUGCUCCUUUACCGUUUGGCUGGCGGGAUCUGUCUCAUAAUGUGGUGAGGAACACGCUGUCACUGCUUCAUGAUUCUACUAGCAGCCGUCUGUUUGAGCGAGAGUAUUCAGGUCAGUGUGUGCGAUGUGCUGUAGUGGGCAAUGGAGGAAUCCUCAAAGGUUCGGGACAGGGGAAGGCCAUUGACAGCCACGAUUAUGUCUUCAGGAUGAAUGGAGCAAUAACCAAGCACUUUGAAGAGGACGUGGGCACUAAGACAUCGUUCUAUGGGUUCACCACAAAUACUCUGAAGAAUUCCCUCAAGGCAUACUGGAGUGAUGGCUUCACCAGGGUGCCACAAGAUCCUGGCAUUUGCUAUAUCUUUAUCCCCGCUAACAUCCGAGACUAUGUGAUGCUGGCUGCUGCCGUCCAGGGAGUUUCUGUGCCUUCAGGGUACGACAAAGGAGAUUUGCCUUCCAAAUAUUUUGGAUACAAGCGGCCAGUCCAGCAGUUCAGAAUGAUUCAUCCAUCCUUCAUUGAGUACGUAACUAAGAGGUUUCUGAACUCUCCACUAUUGAAGAUGAGGCACGGCGACGUGUACAUGCCCAGUACUGGGGCGCUCAUGCUCAUGGCCGCCCUUCACGCCUGCGACCAGGUGUCUGCAUAUGGCUUCAUCACACAGAACUAUGAGGACUUCUCCGAACAUUACUACGAUGCAGAGAAGAAGCCACUGCUUUUCUAUGCCAACCAUGACUUGCUGAUGGAGGGGGAACUAUGGGAGUUCUUGAACUCCUCUAGUGUUUUAUGGCUAUACCAGAGAGACAGCAUGAAGGCCCUGUCAUUCAUAGACUGGCUAAAUUAAACUCUGCCCUACGUUUGUGAAGUUGGUAUGUAUUAUUAGUUUUAUAUGUGUAGGUAGCGUUUACAUACUUAUGUUUCUCGUUUGGUUCAGGGAACAUGAUUUUUCAUACUGAUUCCCUCUUUUCUGUUUUGAAAAUAUGCUAUAAAAGGCGAGGAGAAAUGUGCCUAUAAAUAGGUUUUUGUUCUCUCUGAUUUUGUGUGAAUUAAUUGAUUUAUUGUGCUAUAUUUUGUUAUUCAUGUCAUAAUUUGAAUUUCACAAAGUGGGAUUUCUCUGUUAAUCUGGGUAACAUAAGCCCAAAGUGAAGCUCAUCCACUAAAAAUGUCAGUCUUAACUUUGAGCUCAAGUUACCCCCUAGGUUGGAAGUAGUGGAGUUUGUGCUGCUAUGUUCUCAAACCCUUAUUCAGGUGUUGAAUUUGUUGAAUUUGUUCAGUAGAAAAUAAAG